AUGGCCAUGCGCCUGCUGAUGCACGAAGGCGCGGAGGGCGGAUCGGGAAGCCUCGGUGGGGCUCUGCAGCUAUCGCGCGCUGAUACGCUUGGACGCCAGCGCCAUCCGGCGCUUCCAGCGGCCAAGAUGGUGAUCGGCCGGAGUCUGAUUUGUUGUGCCGUCGUGACAGCCGUCGGACCACUCAUCAAGCUGUCAGCUAGCCAGGACGUGCACUCAGCGCCACGUGCGGAGCCAGAUGGCGCUGAGGUGCCUGCAGCGCUGAAGGAUGGUCUGGCGAUAGGAGCCGCCGAGUGCCAAACGGCGCUGACCGGCGUGACGCCUAAUGAAGCGAGACACAAGAUCGCAUCCACGCAUUUCGGCGGCAGAUCCAAUUGCACACUUCCACACGCGCCGAUAUGGCGCGAGUGGCUGGCGUCGGGCUUCAGCAGCAGCGACCAGGCCGCCACCAACUUGCCAGGCGCGCUGCCCUUACAUGCGUCGGAGUGCUAUGAUGGAGUGCAGCUCUACAACAUAAAGCAGAAGAAGGUCAAGGUUAGCAACAGCAGCUUCUACAUCAAGUCUAGCACCAGCCCCAACGCGCAUUGGUGUGUGCUUGACGCCAUGGGCGCUAGCGCUGGAGCCGCAGUUGGCGCCUUCGCGGGGCGCGCGCUACUGGCGGAAUAA